AUGAAGGACAAGCCAUAUGCCUUGGCUGUUGGUAGUUUGAUGUAUGCACAGGUGUGUACUCAACCAAACAUUGCCUUCACAGUUAGCAUGCUCGGGAGGUUCCAAUUUGAUGCCGGAUUGGCCCAUUGGGUGGCAGCUAAGAAGGUAAUGCGAUACUUACAGAGGACCAGAGAUUUCAGGCUUGUUUACAGAAGAAGUGAGAGACUAGAGGUGGUCAGAUACUCAGACUCUGAUUUUAGUGGUUGUACUGAUGACAUGAAGUCAACUUCUGGAUAUGUCUUCCUGAUGGGUGGAGGGGCAAUUUCGUGGAAAGGUGUCAAGCAGACAGUUAUUGCUUCAUCCACCAUGCAGGCAGAGUUUGUGGUAAUGUUUGAGGCAACCAAGCAGGCAGUUUGGCUGAGAAACUUCAUUGCAGGACUGAAGGUUGUUGACUCCAUCUCCAAAUCGUUGCGACUAUGGUGUGACAACAACUCAACAGUCAUCUUCUCAAAGAACAACAAGAAGUCCAACAGUUCAAAGCACAUUGAAAUAAAGUAUCUUCUUGUCAGAGAGAAAGUGACUGAGGGAGAGGUUGAUGUGGUGCACAUCCCUACAGAGAAGAUGGUGGCGGAUCCUCUCACUAAGGCUCUUUCAAUGAGAGUUUUCAGAGGUCAUGUUGCUAGCAUGGGACUUGCAGAGUGUUUUGAUAUGCUUGUCUAG